CUUCGUCUCAAGCCGAACCAUAGAGGCCACCUGUGAGCAUCAAUCGGCCUCGGCACUGAUCCUUGCAGCACUCCCGUUCACCGCAAAUAGCCACCGAGUAUCCCGAAAUAGACCAGCCUUGCGCUGAUUCUAUCCCGUGGGUUCGCGCAUGUCCCGAUAACUCAUCCAAAUUCUUAUCAGUGAAAAGUACGGUCGGCCACAAGAAGGAAGGAAAUUUCCAAACUUUCCUGAAAAAUCGCGUUCAAUUUGCCUCAAAAACGAAAAAUCACGUCCGCCACUUUCCAAGCCACGCAGUGUCCAUUUUUAGAAUCGCCGCGAAGUUUCACUCUAAUUCGGGAAAGAUCGGGUCGGAAUUGCAACAGUCGGAUCAGUUUUAUUAUUUUCAGUCUAGUUUUAGGAUUUACAGAUUUUAGCACUGGUAUUUUCUCGACACGCAGUCAUAGCAUCUCCUUGGUACAAAGCCAGGCUUGUGGACAUCACACUCUAAAUCGUCGCCUGAAGAUAAAGUAGCUAAAAACAAAGUUUUUCAACAAGGUGUCAACUUAGCACUAACUGAUGGACACGUUGUGAACUCGUUUUGUAGUUUUACGUGUUGUCUAAACGUCAUGAGGCUUCAGUCAUCAAUGUUUGGCUCUGACAUGAUGUAAAAUCUGCUUCACAGACGCUGGAGGUCUAAGCUAAACUGAAAUGGACCCACCGACCUGCGUUCAGAACGCGAUGAUGACCAAGGACAAGAAACCGUUCACAUACACACCUGGCGGUAUUGACCUCUCAGAAGUGAGGUCGCCGCGAAUGGCCAGGAGGAUAGAACGGAACGCUAACCUGGGAGGGGUCGGAGAUGUCUCCAGACCUGCGGCGCCCAGCCAGCCUCAGGAUUAUAGUAACUUGCCGCCUUCCACGUUGGCUGCGAUGCGACCUCAACCACAGGUGCAAGUGUUUCCUUCCGGCCCCCCGCCGCCGGCGCCAAUGAAAGGCAGAGGAGGACCAGUACCACCACCUCCACCAAUGAACAUACCACCGCCACCACCACCACCAACAUGCCCUCUCCCCACCCAAAAGGUCAAAACAUUCGACAACCAAGUACUGGAGCGACCUGACAUGACCAAAAUCAUCCCCGAUGAACCUAUGAAGCUAUUGAGGAAAACUGGAGGUCCCCAGCCUAGGAAGAGCGUUGUAGAUCAGAUGUUCGAGGAGGCUCAGAGGGGCAUCGCCCCUAAGUCUCCACCUGCUGCUGUGCAGCAUGGUUCUCCGCAGUUUGAACAGCCUCAACAGAGGUAUCAACAAGGCCCUCCAUCACCGCCGCAGCACCAAUACCAACCACCACAACAGCAGUACCAACCACCAUCUCCUCCACAACAUCAAUAUCAACCUCCUUCACCCCCACACUAUCAACAACCUCGCCAACCUCAACCUUCCCCUCAACCUCAACAAUAUCAACCUCCUUCGCCUCCUCAGUAUCAACAACAGCGUCAACCACCUCAAUCUCCUCCGCAACAAAUUUCCCCUGCUCCACCUCAGAAACAGCCUCAACCGCUCCGUUUCCAAAAACCCGAAAUCCCAUUGAUCGAACGCCAAUCUCCGGCGCAGGCGGAGCCUAAAACAAGCACCGCCCACAUCGGGCCGCUGCACGUGGCGCCGGCCAAUCAGAAGAAGGUUGUGUCACCGCCUACUCCGCCGGAACGCAAUCUCGACAGCCCUAAUAUGCAGACUCCGCCUCUCAGGGAGGCACCAAGGCCAUGGCAGACGAAAAAGAUGCAAGAAGAUUUGCCGCCCUGGGCUAAGAGGGAUAAUGGCGAAAGCCAACAGACUCCAUCGCCCCAGGCGCAACAGACCCAACAGUCUCCGCAACAGCCGGCUCAACAGAGGUGGCCUGCAAGCAGACCUGCCCAGGAACCUCAACCUCAAUACAGUCAACCGAAACAGAUGCAUACGAGUCAGCCGUACAACCAGCAACAGUUUAAUCAACAGCCUUUCAACAAUCAACAGCCUGUUGGCGUACGCAUCGAGAUACGUACCAGGCCUGGAAUGCAAUGCCAGGAUGAUCAAGAAGAGAGAAAAACAAAUGCUGUGUAUGUAACUCAGCCAGUUAUUUUGCAACAUCCAGGUGGUCGAGUGAUACCUGUCAAAGUUGAAGGGUCCAAUGGAGCAAGGACACCAAAUACCCCCGGAGAAAGGUCUUUGAACAGACAACAAAGCUGGGGUGCAAACAACCCGACGCAAUCACACGCUUUCAAAAUCAUCCAAAAAAUCACGAAUACUGAUGGAGAUGAUGACGAUGAGGAUGCUCCUGUUACUGAACAUCCUCCAAGGUAUACUCAACAGUUCCAACAGCCGGCAGAUCAAAUGAGGAGGAUGAAAAUUAACGAUGGAAACCAUAUUGCUAGCAAGUUCAACCAAGUGCCACAAGGAGGUCAGAGUCAGAACAGCCGAGGACCUGUAGUAAGGACAAUUCCAAUCAAAAUAGAAGAUGAUGAUUCGCCCACCCCCUACGUCCAUCCAAGUCAACAGGCCCCGGUUCCAGAACCUAAGAAGUACACUGGUAGCGCAAUACCCAGCAGAUCCUUCAAAAUCCUUCAAGCUAUGACUGCCCCAGAAAAUGCCAGUGUCGACGAUCAAAACGAAGAUGCCUCAUAUGAGCAAUGGGGUUACGACCCCUAUUAUUAUCCCUACCCUCCGUCACCCCUACCCUAUUGGCAGGAUUAUUUCCACGCAUGCUGUCACCAUGAUCCACCCUCUGGAUUCUCUCGAAGCCAAAGACGUACCCUUACACCUGGAAGGCAGACUCCUUCAACGGAAAAGAGUACCCCUACUCCUUCAACGGGGAGGAAUACCCCUACACCUGGGAGACAGACCCCUAUAACCGGAAGGCAGACUCCAACUCCCAGAUUGCAUCCUCCUUUACCACUUUGGGGUUAUGUACCUCCACCUCCAUAUGCGUAUCCUCACUCCCUUAGCCCAUAUGAAGAAUCUGGCGAAGAAAACACACAAAUGUCGUCUCAUGAUUUGUCUCUGUAUGGUUAUUAUGAUGCAUAUAGGCACUACCAGUACUAUGGAGUACCUCCAAUGUACCACCCACCACCUCAAUAUCAAUAUCCUUUUGGCAAAAGUCAUGCUGAAGACGUGUUUGAACAAUCUUCAACACAUGAAAACAACACGGAGCAAUCUACAUCAAAACCUAAAUUAACUCCAACCCUAUGUGUCAAAGAACAAGUUAUAAAUAAUGCAGACUUUGAAACAGAAGAUUCUGAUACAGAAUCUGAAGAUGACAGAAAACAAUUUGGAACACUCAGAUCAAUUAAAUCAGUCCAAAACAUAAAUGUAUACUACGAAAAACAAGAUAGUAACGACGACGAAGAAGAUACUGACGUUUCAGAAAAAGAAUACUACGUCGAAGAAUGCUCUGAAACUACUGAUGACGAUGUUGAAGAUUCUAUUGUAGAAGACGAAGGCCCACAUCAACUGAGUGUUAUCUAUGAAGAAAGUGAAAGAACAGAUUCGAGGUUGAGAACUGUCAGUGUGCUCAGCGAUUCAAAUACUAUCGCUGAUAUUAAGAGUGAUGAUGAAGAUGUGUCUAAAAAAGCAGCAAGCCCAAGAUUGCCUUUGAAGAUUACCGUUCAGGUGUCUGAGGAAGAAGAAGAUUCUAAAACGAUUCUUGUCGAAGAUGGAAUCGUUACAAGCUUCGGGAAUGAGAUCCAUGCCUCUUUUACAGUAAAAGCUCCUACUAGAUAUGAGGUGCACAAUAGAAAUGAUGAAGAUCAAGAUAUGAAGAAUCCGACUGAAGAAGAUGGUACUACUAAUGAAGUAUCUUCUACGAAAGAUGAGGGUAAACAGAGUGAUGAGAGUGAAGACUGGUGGGGAAUAUUGGGUACAGAAGAAGAUAUACCUCCUAGAAGGUCUAUUAUUUGUAGCAGCAGUACGGAAAUAGUCCAAGCUGAAGAAGAAAUGCAAACAGGAGCUUGUGUAAAAGAUAGCAAUGAAAUUACAGAAAAUAGUGAAAAUAGUUCAGAAACUUGCUCGAGAGAUGUAAAUGAAGAUUUAAUUGGCACAGGUGAAACUACUCUGCGAAUUGUACUGAGAAGGCAGUGCAAAGAAGAAACUAAAAGGAGUGAAAUUGAGGACAUUUGUAUAGAAACUGCAGUUGAGUCAAAAAGGAGAAGUAUAUAUCAGGAAUUUGAAGAUGAUGAAGAACAAAUAGAAACUGAAAGUCCUGGCAAAUUGAUUGAGAUGGAAAGCUUUGUAGAAAAGCUAGAACGGAUGCAGAAAGAAUCCGGUCUUUGGAAAACAUUUUCUAAAAAGGAAGAUGUUGUGAGAAAUGUAAACGAUGUACCUGAAGAAAUGGAGAGUGAUAUAAACGCGAUAGAAGCAAAUAAUGAAGGAGAAAAAGAGAUAAAUGAAUGUCAAGGAAGUAGUGAAGAAGAAGGUUUCGAUCAAGAUCAUAUGAAAAACGAUUUAGAACCACAGAAUACCCCAGCUGUCGAAUUAGAAAAAGAUAACGUUAAUUGUCAAGACACAGUUGAAUCUGAAUCAGAAGAAGUAGACUUUUGGAGUACAAUAAAAAAAGAUGAAGAUGAUUUUGGAAGCAGAUUCAGGUUAACAGAGAGAUGCUCUGCUGGUUAUAGAGAAUAUAGCUCCAGCAUGAGCACUGUUGUUAAUGACGAAGAAAUUCAAAAUAAGCUGAAUAUACAGACAUAUGGAGAAGAAAUAAUAAACCAAGAAGAGACAAGCAGUCAAGACAUACGUGAUGAUGUAAAAAUGAAUCUAAGUCAAGAUAUGGGUGUUGAAGAAGAUAAUGACGAGAAAACUAAUUCAAUGAACGCAAAUGAUGGUUCAGACGAAUCUUCAGAUAACGAAGAAGUUUUUAGUAAAAACAAAGAUGAGAAUAGCCCGAUGACAAUUAAAGAAAGAAUAGAAGCUCUGAGAGAUAGCAUCAAACAAAGGCAAACAAAAGCAACUGAAGAAGAAAUAAAAGAUUCAGUGAAAGACAAACUAUCUGUUUUAGAGGUAAACAACCAAUACUGCAGUAACAAUAGAACAUUAUCUACGAAAAGUAGCGUAAAAUCUUUUGAAGAAUAUAGUGAAGAAGAAGACCUUGAUUCAGGCGUUACUUCAGAUAUGAGCAGACACAUAUCUGACACAGAAGAAUUUCCAGAACUGAAGAAAUUGACUAAGUACCAGAGAGCUGCAACACAUUCUAGACUCUUCAAAUUGUUGCAAGACGAAUGUGAUAACGAAACAAGUGAAGAAGUAGUAGUUGUUGAUAAGUUCAGCAAGUUAUCAGUAAGAAAUAGAGAAACUACAGAGGAAGGUUCUAGAAGAGAUCAACUGACUUUGCCUCUAAGCAAAAGUCCUAACUCUAGUCACCCUUCUAGCGGUAUAUGUUCCCCAACUUCAGUCAACGACAAGCUUGUGAACGAACUAGUCCAAAGUCUCUUGAAACACAAAAAGGGCCAAAUGUUCAAAAAUUUGCCUAAAGACAAACUAUACGCAGCAGCUACAAAGAUACUACAGGAAGAAAUGGACAUAGACAAUAUUGACGAUGCAGAUAGUUUUAUGUCACCUCUGAAGAGCAGCACGGGUUACUCGACAGCUGUUCAAACUCCGCAAGAAUUUGGUAGCAACUAUGAUGAGUACAAGCAAUAUUACGAGUCUUGGAAUAAUGUCAGAGAAAGUUGUGGAUACGAUAUAAUUCCUUCAAAAGCUUUCAAAUUGUUGCAAGAGCAUGCAAAUGCGAAUAGAACUGGUACAAUAGCAGGUCUUCUAGCGAAGUGUCCAAGAGUCUUGUCUUCGAAGAACAUACAUAAGUUGAUGAAGUUAUUAGAGAAUCCAGAGGCUUCUCCUCCUAACCUUGAAAGUCCCCUAGAUUCGAACGAAGUAACGAGCGCUUCUUGAAGCGAACCAAAACACGAGAUUUGAGAAAUUUUUUGCCCCGGACUACCGGUAUUAGAUGAGGUCCAGAUGCAACGGAUUUUUAGAUCUUUAGAGGAAACGAAUGGAUAGGAAAACCUCAGAGAUAUUUUGAGGUGCACUGGAAAGGUUUUCGAAAAAGCUUCUAGGCAUUUCAAUCUGAAAAUCGGAUCAUAUUUUUUGAUUUUCCACUUCGCUUGAUUCACGCAUUUUUUGAUUUCUAUCAAGUUCAUUUUUGUAAAUAGUUUUAUUAUAUAAAGCGGUUAUUGUAAUAUUUGUUCUAACAGAGCCAGGAGUGUUGUGAAUUUCAUUCUAAAAAAAUUAAAAUAUACAUUUGUUAUUGAAUAUUGUACAAGGACUUGUAAAGUUGUGUAUAUAUCAAACGUAUCGAUCAAUACCUGUUAUCAGAAAUA